CCCACGAACGUGAGAUCAUGACCUGAGCUGAAGUUGGAAGCUUAACCAGCUGAGCCACCGGGGUGUCCCAGCAUUGACCUUUUUUAAUGACUCCCAUUUGUUCAGUGCUUAACAUGUACUAGGCAGGGUACUUGGUUUGUUACAUACUUUGUUAUCAUUUGAUCCUUAGAGCAAACUGGAGGUAACAUAGCUACUACUAUUAUCCCUAUUUUGCAGAUGAGAAAACUGAGGUUUUAUUAUUUGUUCAAGGUAAUACCAGAAAGUAGAAGAUUUUGGCAAACACGCCUUCUGACUCCUUUAAGUAUUUAUGUAUCUUGUCAUUUAUUGGUGUAAGGAAUUUCCUCUUCAGUUUUGUAAAGAAGAGAGUAUUUUUUUAGUUUUUCUGUAGCUAGAAUCCAAGCUAUUUGAUCAGCCAUCUGGGUGACUUGGAUUCUGGAGAAAGUGUGUUGGACCACAUCCUCCCACAUACAGUCCAGACUUGACAAAUCAGUUGAUUCGGUUUCAUUGUAGACUAUAUGGAGUUACAAUAUGUAAUUGUUCCUGAUGGACAUUUUGUGUACAGAGAGGUAGUGGGCAUUAUGUGAUUUCUUCCAUUUUGUUACAAAAACUCCAGAAUCUCGUAAGUCAUGAUUCUUAUCUUAUAUCGUGUAAUUGGGAGCAGCAUCUGUGGAUAGCAGUGCACUGAAUGGUAGCAAUGUAUCAGGUGACCAGCCUUUGGACUCAAGAAGUGUAUAAUUUGGAUGGGAUAAAUGUGGGGAAACAUUACAGGGAAAAUGACUUUUAAAACAGGAAUUGCCCUUUUUGUUGUAUUUCAUAGAAACAUUUGUUGCCAAUUGCCAAAUAUUUUUGCCAAUAUAUCAAAAAAUGUUGGAUUUCUGAGGGAGGUUUUAGGUUUGUAGGUUCAUUCCAUCGGUAUUGUGAAAAGAUCUGGGCUCCGAAAACAGAGGUGGCGAUCAGCACCAGUAAUGAAAAGUCCCGCCACCUUAUGGCAUCUGUUAAGUGGAAGAGCCUUGCUGCUUUAAGACAAUCUGCUUCAUCUUGAUUCUGCAGCAUUCCAAACUGUGGUAUCCUUGGGGUUCUCUUAACAUUGCUAUGGUGCAGAAGAUUUAAAAUCAGCUGAUGUUCACAAGGAAUAGAGUCACGUGAUGUAUGAAGGGAAACAUAUACACUUCUCUGAGGUUGACAAUAAGCCCUUGUGCUCAUAUAGCCCCAAACUGUGCAAGCAGCGGCGACUCAACGGCUACGCUUUCUGUAUCAGACACGUUCUGGAGGACAAGACUGCCCCCUUCAAGCAAUGUGAAUAUGUGGCCAAGUAUAACAGCCAACGCUGCACCAACCCAAUCCCCAAAUCAGAGGAUCGUAGGUACUGCAACAGCCACUUGCAGGUACUUGGCUUUAUCCCGAAAAAAGAGAGGAAGAAAAAGAAUGAUCCUAUAGAUGAGGUAAAGGUCAGGCACCAGAUGGAUACCAUGGCCUUCAGCCUGACGGUGCCCACGCUGGCCUUGAAGAUGCCCAAUGGACUGGAUGGAAUGUCCCUCUCUCCGCCCGGGGCUAGGGUCCCUCUCCACUACCUGGAAACCGAGUUGGAAGACCCAUUUGCUUUCAACGAGGAAGAUGAUGACCUAAAGAAAGGGGCAACGGUGAGAAAGAAGUUGCAGAGCAAGCUGGCCCAGAAUCGGCAGCGCCAGAGAGAGACCGAGAUUUUAAAAGUUCGACAAGAGCACUUUAGUCCCCCUCCUGCACCUUCACAGCAGCAGCCCCCGCAGCAGCACCCCCACCCGUCACCCUCCCCCACUUCUUUAAAACCUCCGGCGCCGCCGCCGCCGCCGCCACCACCACCGCAGGGUUUCGUCUGCAAGUCCCCUCCACCUCCGAACACCAGCCUACCACUGCAGGGAGUGGCCCCCACCACACACACUAUAGCACAAGCGCGGCACAAGAGGCCGCUGCCCCUCCUGCCCCCCGGCAGGGCGCCCGCCGCGGACCCGCCCAGCGCCGACCGGGUCCUCAUGAAAGCCACCGCCUUCCCUCCACACUUCUCCUGCAUCAGCCGACUGCAGAGACUCGUGAGACUGUGCACGCAGAAACAUCAGUUGGACACUGAUCUGUUCCCCCAUCUAGGGUUGGACUGGUCGGAAGAGAGCGGAGAGGACCCGGAGGACUCUGAGCAGGCCUCGCCGUACCAGGUGGCGUGGUCCAUCCGAGAAACCCUCAGAUAUGAAAGACACACGUCAGAUGACGAUAACACGGAGAGUAGGAGCUCCAGGGUGACCCAACUUUGCACUUACUUUCAGCAGAAAUACAAGCACCUCUGCCGCCUGGAGCGGGCAGAAUCUCGGCAGAAGAAGUGCCGGCACACGCUCCGGAAGGCCUUGCUGCAGGCGGCCAGCAGGGAGCCCGAGUGCACGGGGCAGCUGCUGCAGGAGCUGCAGAGAGGCACGGGCAGCCGCACCAGCCUGAGCCGGACCAAGCUGAGGGAGGCAGAGCCAGCCUUGUGCAGCGGAACUGUGAAGGGCGACCCGUGCCCUAACAGAGCCCUGCCGUACACUCGGCAUUGUUUCCAACAUAUCCUCUUGAACCGCUCUCAGCAGCUUUUCUCAAGUUGCACGGCCAAGUUUGCAGACGGUCAGCAGUGCUCUGUGCCCGUGUUCGACAUUACACACCAGACCCCUCUGUGUGAGGAACAUGCCAAAAAAAUGGAUAAUUUCUUGAGAGGAGAUAGCUCCCGUAAAGUCCAGCACCAGCAGCAGAGGAAACCCAGGAAAAAAACCAAGCCUCCUGCACUUACCAAAAAACACAAGAAGAAGAGACGGCGUGGACCUCGUCGACCCCAAAAACCCAUUCCCCCUGCAGUGCCCCAAGGGAACCUCAGCAUGCCCACCAGCGUCUCACUGCCAGUGGAGACGGCUCAGAUCCGGAGCCCGUCCACGCCAGAGCUGAGUGCUGAUGAGUUGCCGGAUGACAUUGCCAACGAGAUCACCGACAUUCCGCAUGACUUGGAAUUGAACCAGGAGGACUUUUCAGACGUCCUACCACGGCUGCCUGAUGACUUGCAAGAUUUUGAUUUUUUUGAAGGAAAGAACGGAGACCUCCUUCCGACUACCGAAGAGGCCGAGGAACUUGAGCGGGCCUUGCAGGCUGUAACUUCUCUUGAGUGCCUGAGUACCAUUGGGGUACUUACCCAGUCAGAUGGUGUGCCAGUCCAGGAGCUGUCAGAGAGAGGAAUCGGGGUGUUCUCCACGGGUACCGGAGCGUCAGGAAUUCAGUCCUUGAGCCGAGAAGUAAACACGGACCUAGGGGAGCUACUGAAUGGGCGCAUAGUACCUGAUAAUUUUUCUAGUCUAGAGCUGGAUGAGAACCUGCUCCGUUCGGCUACCUUGUCUAACCCACCUACACCCCUGGCAGGGCAGAUCCAAGGGCAGUUCUCUGCCCCAGCCAACGUCGGCCUUACUUCUGCCACUCUGAUCAGCCAGAGUGCACUUGGGGAGAGAGCCUUCCCAGGACAGUUUCAUGGACUACAUGAUGGCAGCCAUGCCUCCCAGAGGCCCCAUCCUGCCCAGCUGCUGAGCAAGGCAGAUGACCUAAUCACCUCACGACAGCAAUACAGCAGUGAUCAUUCGCACUCCUCGCCCCAUGGAAGCCAUUAUGAUAGUGAGCACGUGCCGUCUCCCUACAGUGACCGUAUCACCUCUCCGCACACGACAUCGUACUCUGGUGAUAAUAUGGCAGCUACCUUCUCAGCAGAGAUGCCCAUCAUGGCGCAGCACUUGCUCCCAACCCAACUCGAGGUGCCACUUGGAGGCGUCGUAAACCCCAGAACUCACUGGGGCAAUCUCCCGGUCAACCUUGGCGAUCCCUCUCCGUUUAGCAACCUUCUCGGCGCAGAUGGACAUCUUCUUUCCACUUCCCUAUCCACGCCACCCACCACUUCAAACUCAGAGACCACACAGCCUGCCUUCGCCACCGUGACCCCCAGCAGCUCCAGCGUGCUCCCGGGGUUACCGCAGACCAGCUUCAGUGGCAUGGGGCCUUCUGCUGAACUCAUGGCCUCCACCUCUCCCAAGCAGCAGCUCCCUCAGUUCAGCGCAGCCUUCGGCCACCCGCUGAGUUCUCACAGUGGCAUUCCUAAGGACCUGCAGCCCAGCCACAGCUCUAUAGCCCCUCCUACAGGCUUCACGGUAACAGGUGCCACAGCUACAAGUACCAAUAAUGCAUCUUCGCCCUUUACCUCCCCUAACUGAGCGUGUCUGUGUGUUGGCAGGCAGGUGGGGAACCUGGUGUUUUCUAUCUUUGUUUCCUGUUGAUCAUCCCUUUCCCCCUUUUCCUAAAGAAGAUUUUAAAAAAAUAACAGAUGGGGACUAAAGGGGAACUCCCUCUUCCAGUUAAACAAGUAACCCUGCAGUGGACCUCGCUUCAGUGUUCACAUGUGCUCCUUUGCACUGGUGCUCAUUCCCUCCCGGCGGGUUCACUCUUACCCCAGUGGUUUCCUUAGUGGCUCAGCACAGUGACUGGAUAGAAUCGAUUUUUAGCAGCAAGUCCUAGAAGUGGAAGAUACCUCAGAUUACCAGUGCCCUUUACUAUUUCCUAGUAUUCAGAUCAGUGCUUUCCAUUCUAUUACCAGGUCUUUGCAGAGGUGGUUCUAGGUAGAAUGGUCCUGUUCAUUGAGCUCCUGUGUCAGAGAUAGCAACGGUGCGUAGGGGCAGAGCGAGGCUCUGACGGAGCACCAACUGCUAGACACCACAUGAGGCCAGGAUUCCAUUCCUAAUUGUGAUUAUGUUCAAUUAAGCAGAAAACCGUUAUUAGUCUUUCGACCGCCUGUGUGUAUGCGUGCGCCCAUGUGUGUGUUUUUGUGCCGGGCAGGAAGCAGCUGUCCCGUGGUUGUUCCUUCUAUUAUUUUAUUUUCUCUGUCCUAAUGAGUAUAAUAAGGCUCUUACUUCUCCUUUCCUGUGUCUCACAACCCUAAUCAGGUUGGUCAUCCUUUCCCACCGAAUUAACGACGUUUCCCAAAUAGAGAAGGUGGUGGUCUGGUGACGCGUAGGUUAUCCAAGAACACACGAAGCUGGAUUCCUGCCAGGGCCAUGGAGAUGUCACAGAAAGCUAGCAUGGGGUGACUGCAGGGUUGCUGAGAUUCUGAGGACUGGUGGUCAUUUUGCCUUUUUAGACAAGUGCUUGUUUCUCCAUCCUCUCUCAUGGAACACAUUCACGAGAUGUAAUUAAAGACCAUAUUUUGAUGUGAAAAGCAGGCUAGGUCAGAUAGGUUUGGAAAGAUGGACCCUUCUAACUCCUGGAUCCAUCUUUUACUUUGGAAUUUUUCAUGUUUACAGUAGUGAUUCUUUGGUAAGAGUUGUAAAAUGUUGAAGACACGUGUAGAAUCAAUGUACCAGUUGUGAAGUGACGUGUACUAUCUGAAGGAUACACAUUUUAAAGUUUCUUUCAAAGCAGAAUAUGGAAAUUAGACCUAAAUUUUACCUACCUUUUGUACUUUAAAAGCAAUUUAAGUACUUAGGUUUAAGUUGUGGAAAAUUUUUUUUUUAAGUACCAAGAUUUUAGGGUUGACAGUUAUAUUGGGUAGUUUAGUAAGUUGGUGACUAUGGAAAUGAAUAUGUGAGGUUUCUUUUACCUGCCUUCUCCUCUGCCCCCUUCCCAAGGGUGGAACCAGAUUUUCGAGUCAUCUAUACUCUGCUUUUGCUGAGAAGUUUCACCGUCCCCUGAGAUACCGUUGGCUAUUUAUACCUGAGUCUAGUCUAAUUUACAUAUAUAUAUUUUAAAAGAUGAGUAGAGAGAACAUAUCUAUUAAUGAUGUGAUAUAAUAAUUCAUUGGUCAGGGAAUAUUUGAUCUUAAUUCCUUUUCAAUAGGUAAAGAUUUGGAUGUAUUUUCCUACUUCCUUAUAUGUAUUCUCUUUAUGCCAUGCUAAUUCUAACCAGUUCCCUUCUUUUGAAAGCUUUUCUUUCUCUGCUUUUUCAAGGAAUGAUGGUGAUCAGCAGGCAUUAUGCAGAUACCACGUGCCUGAGGUUUUGGAGGGGAAAUGUCACAUGACUGUAUGAAAUCAUUAUAUGCCCUAUUUUGUAUUUAUUGAAGUUUCUUUCUGUGGGCCAAAAAUAGGUUUGUAAUAUAUUUAGUUUUUUUUUAAAUCAUGAUAAUUGAUUGGAAGAUUUAUUUUUUAAUAGCUUUGCCUUUUUUGCAGAUUGAGAAAUUUCUAAAUUAUAAAUUAUGUCACAAAGCAAAAUUAUAUUUGGUAUCACCAUAAAUUUCUAUUCUGAAUGGUGAGAACAGAUAAUUUGACUAUGUCUCACCUGUGAACCUGUGUUAGUAAGCUUUUUUAUUUUCAUGUACUGUAAUGAAAUGACUCUGAGUGGUUUACCUCUGCUCAAAAAAUGUCAUUUAGCUUGCUCCAGUCUUUUCACACCCUGUUGUAAUCCUCGCCAGCUAACUGUCCAUUCCCAGCAGUUCGGUCUAGUCUCCAUCGUGUACUGAUCCAAGGUUGUGGCGGAGCGGCGCAGGGACUGCCUCAGCGGCCCCCUUCUUUGACAGCAAAGGGAAGGUCAUGCACGGGUAGUCGGUUUGAACUUUCUGGCUCUUCGUCCCUCGUGGUAGCUGCUUAAAAUUCUUCAGUUCUCAAACUGAGUUUGCAGUAAGUUGCACAUUUUAUCGUUUGCAAUUUUCUGUUUUAUGUGCAUUUAAAAGCCCUUUCCUGCUUUCUAAUAAGGAGGCACGAAAUGAUCAGGAAUGUUGCCAGUUACAGCUUCACACCAAAAACUUUUGAGUAAAUUCAUUUUCGUUUAGAUGCCCGCAGUGGGAGCUGAAGAAAGGGCACCCGUAGAAAGGACCAGUGUAGGUUCGAGGAAUUAGCAAAGAACAAAUUUGUCUUCUCGUUUCAUCUACUUCAAAACAGAUACCCAGGCUUGCAGUUUGCUUUGCUCUUGCGGUUUCUUGCGAGUCCCUUUUUGGAAGAGAGAAGAAUGUCUGUGAACCCAGAGACACCUUUUACAUUUUUCUUUUAGCUAAUAUGGAGCAAUUUUGGUCGAUCAGUACUAGGUUUGCUGUUCAUGUGUAGAGAAAGGAAUGAAGUGUCUUUUACUCCAGAAACACGAAAAUCAGUGUCUUUUAAAUAGCACUUACACUAUAAUAAGGCAGUACUGGGAUACAAACAUUUUGUGUAAGGUCCUAAUUAGGUGGAAACUAGCUUUUCAUUCUAGUGUGAAACUCAUCAGAAAUAGUGGCAGAGAAGAUUCACUCUGUCUCUGCAGUUCUUUGGGACCAUUUAUAAAGGCCAGUUAGAUUGUGUUAAUGUGAUUUAAUUUACAAAGUUGCUGCAGUUAAUGGAUACAUUCUGUGCUCUGAGAAUCUGAACUCCGUUCUAACGAAUGAUAGGCACUGGCUGUGAUCUAUAGCAUCCGAAGAAAAGAUGUGUUUUCUCUCCUUUACUCUCUCUACAUAAUUGUUAAUAUUAUUUUAAUUAUAAAGUACUUAAGACAUUGUUUUUUCCUCUGUAAAAAUGGCUUAGUAAUUUGCACAUCUGCGUAGGUUAUGUAGCUAGUAAACAAUUCACAAUAGUAAAUAGCAAUUACACUUAACCCACCAAAUGACAGACUAUGCAAUGGAAAAAUUUUGUAAUUAUUGUCACAAAGCUUAUACGGUGAAGGAUUUUUUUUUUCUCUCUCUCUGGUAACCUACCCCAUGAGAUAGAACUGCUUUAUCAAUGACUUCCUGAGCAAUUUCGUGCUGGCAGGCGGUGCGGUGUGUCUAGCGUCCCUCCACGAAAAGAUUAUAAUUUAAUAGGAAGCAAAUAGUAGGUAUGGAGCUAAAGUUGGAAAAUGUCUUCUUUUUCCUUAAGAUUGUAGUUACUGUCUUGAGUGGUGUCAGGCUAACACUUUAUCUUUGCCAAAUUAUUUAUCAGAUUUAUUCCUUCAAUACGCCCAGUCUCUCAACGGCGAGCUAAGCCUCUUCCCUCUCCGUGACUAACACUAAAGCUUUUCCUGGUCGCAGCUCGUUCUCGGGCCACCAUCGCAACCCAGAAGUAAAGACAGUGCUUUGAUUUGGAAGGAAAUGGUGUCUGACACGUGCCCGAUCUGUAGGCUUUUCUUCUUCUGUGAAAGAAUUUGUUUUUCUAUUGACCUAUAUAGCAUUUAGUUGGAUUUUUGAAAUAGGCUCCACACCCAUCGUGGGGUUCGAACUCACAACCCUGAGAACACGAGUCACAUGUUCUACCAACUGAGCCAGCCAAGCACGCGCGCGCGCACACACACACACACACACACACACACACACCCCGCCAUCCAGCUUUUAUCCGUUGGCCCUAGAAUCUGAGCACGUGCUAUCAGAUCACUGUUCCGCGCCCACAGUGCUUCCUGCGGCCUGGGAACGGGGGUGGGGGUGGUCCUAGGCCGCGUCACAAUAUUUGUGUCAGGCAGUCACCCUUUCUCCAGGUUAGUUCGGCAGAUUGUUGUAGAUUUGUAUUACAAAAAGAUGAGGAUAUUAAUAACACUAAACUAUUUAAUCAGUUUUGAAAUCGUUUAAGAAAACCUUUUUUUUAGGUAGCUAGUUUUCAGGUUCUUUGACCUCUUCCUUUUUAGCCUUCUUUUAACAUUCUACUAAGUUCUGUUUUUAAGCUGUUUUAUAUGGAAUAACCUAGUACAGUGGUCUUCUAAAUGGCCAAUGCAACUGCAGUUGAAUGAGUCAGGGUAAGGGAUUCCUUAAAAGAAAAUGCAGUCAUACCGAAUAGUCUUCAUCUGCAUCUUUUCCGUCACCAACACCUACAUCGCUCCAAGGAUUUUUUUUUCCUGAUGAGAAAUAACAUUUCUCGGGGGUGAGAUGGGAGGUGGAAAUAUAUAUGUGAUAGAACAUAGAUCGUUUUUUUCCCCCUCUCGCAAUACAUUGAAAAUAUGGAAUCUUCACUGGCAUUCUAUAGAAAGGUAAAACAGUUGAAUGACUUCUUAAUAUCUUGAGCCUUAAAGCUUUCCAAUAUCAUGCUAUGGAGGAAACCGGAAUCCGUGUUGAGUAGAUUAAGGUAACAUUUUAAAUGCUAUCUUUCAAAAACAUUGACAUAAAAUACCAGUGAAGAAUAUAUUUGGGUAUCUGUUAAGCAUUUCCCCCUGACUAGUAGGUCAGGAAAGAAAACCUAAAACACAAGUGAAUAAUUCUGUCUCCUAGUAGCCAGUGUCAUUAAUGCAAAAAUUGCGGGGCUGACUUCACCUCAUUUCUAAAUAGCAGAAAUUCUCUUUCCCUUCACCUCUGAUUUCUGUCAGCUUCCCCCUCUCUGCACUGUGAUCAACAGAGCCAAUAAAGGACAUGUGGCAUUUCGGAGAGAGCAAA